AUGUGCUUUGGCAGCGCUCCGCGGCCGAAUCCCUAUCACUUUGUCCCCUACAGCGAGGCUGCAAGGCCGGCCUCGCUAGAUGAUGUUGCGAGAUGGAAUUCGGCGAUUAGAAUUUGCAACCCACCUAGAAAGUCGAGCGGCACCGAUAAGAUGAUGGGCAAGGGAUUAAACAUCACAACUGACGAAAUUCGACGUCGGUCUGACAGUGGUGGAAGCGCAGUUAAGCAGUUGAUGGCGUUUACCAUUAAAUUCUUUGCGAACACUUUAAUCUCAUUGAAUUGAGGGACUCAAAUAAAAUCUUUGGCAAGUAUAAUAAUACAGCCAAGUGGGAGCUUGCGACCUUAUAUCUUAACAUUUUAAAAACCAAUCUUAGGCCAGCCCCAAGGCGAACGGAUCAGCAGUCAUCGCCUGCAUAGCCAUCCACCCGUCCAGCCAUGACACAUCAUCUAGUUGUGGGUCACUCUGGUGCAUGUUCUGCUCUUGGCAAAUAACCUCAUCAACGGCCUGCCAUAUCUUUGGGUCAGAAAUGGGCUGUUGAACUUGGAAAUAAGUCUUCAGGGUAGUAUCCAUGUCUGGGUUGUCCAGCGAAGCUUGCCAUUUUUCCUUAGUCUUUGCAAUAGAAUCAAGGGCGCGUGUGGCGCUUCGGAACGCGAUAGAAAGCUCUUUUAACGCUUCGCAGCAGACUUUAAGAUCGUUGACCGCAGCUUCACGCGUAGAGCUGUCUUCUGAUGUGCAUGAGAGAAGUAAGUGCACUAGAGUAGCAGAAAAUAUCAUAUGUACUCCCUGGAUAUUCAUCCUGCGUAGGGACCAUUGUUGCUUGUAUAUCUGAAGAAUUAAAGCAAUCGCACGCGCCGACUCGGCACAUCCUUCCCGAAUGUCUGUGGUCAUGGCACCGCUAGCGCCAGCAAUCAAAGGGUGAUUUGCGAAUAUCAUUACCUCGUGGUAUUGCAUGUGGAGUAACAGGGUAUGGGGCAAUGUGAUGCUCGACUGGAAGAUCGAUUCUGUCGAAAUCUCAGGGGGUAAUGAUUG